AUGCCAGUAGAUGGGUUUAAUCAGAUCAUGGUAGUAGUGGACAGGCUGUCUAAGGACAAACAUAUUAUUCCUUUCCACACGUCAAUGACAGCGGUAGACCUAGCUCGCCUGUUCAUUAGAGAAGUUUGGAAGCUUCAUGGUUUACCAGACUCUGUUGUAUCAGAUAGAGGCCCGACAUUUGUUUCUGAAUUCUGGAGAUCCGUUUGCGAUAUCCUUCAAAUAUCACUACUACUGUCAACAGCGUACCAGCCAGAAACCGAUGGUCAGACAGAAAUCGCGAACAAGGAACUAAAUACAUUCAUCCGACAGUACAUUGACGCUGCUCCAAAGAAUUGGGUAAAGCUUUUGCCAAUGGCUCAAUUCGCUAUGCGUAAUGUGGUGAACUCAUCUACUGGUAUAUCGCCUUUCUUUGCCAAUCAUGGUUACCACCCCAGAAUGAGUUUUGGACCUCCAAGAGUGCUUCCUCGUAACGCCUCGGAACAUCGCCAACUUCGCCAUAAGGACGCGUCAGACUUUGCACACAAGAUGGAAGAUAUCUUGAAACUACUACACACCAAUCUUAUUACAGCUCGCGAUUCGCAAGAAAGCUUCGCCAACACUAGUAGGAGAGCAGCACCGGCGUAUCGCGUGGGCGACAUGGUCCUACUAAGCACCAAGAACAUUGACUCUUCAAAACCUAUUCCAAAGCUCGACGCUAAAUUCAUAGGACCUUUCCCAAUUGAACGAAUAAUCAACUCACACGCAUACAAAUUACGACUUCCUUACGAACUCCAGUCUAUUCAUCCUGUUUUCCACACUAAUCACCUUAAACCUAGUGCUGGCAUACCACUCCCUGGGCAACAAAACAAACCUACACCCCCUUUGUUUGUAGACACUUCCGGGCAUGAAUUGUGGUCCAUUGAUGAGAUAUUGGAUGCUAAGCGAGUCAAAGGAGUAUUCAAAUACCUAGUUCGAUGGAGAGGCUAUGACCCGGAUGAUCAGACAUGGGAACCCUUAGUUCAUAUAGUCAAUGCUGUGGCCUCUAUCAAAGAUUUUGAGCAGCGUUUCCCACGUAAGUUGAAGCCUACGAAAGCUGAGAUUACCAAAGCCCGCGAAUCACAAGAGAAAGAAGCCGAGAAAUUGGAGUAA